CCAAAAAAAUGAAAUACUAAGAGCGAUCUUAGUGAUCUGAACGAUUUGCAGCGACUCCAAAAAGCGACAAAGAAGAGGAUAAAGAAGAAAAAAAACAGUCUUUUUAAAGACUACCAACUUACAUCAAGAGCAGAGAAAUAACAGCAACCUGCUCAACCCAUUGCGGGUCAUCAGGAGGAAGGAGCGUCAAGAUGGGCGCCAAACUGUGCAACAUCCUGCACCGGCACCGGCAUACUGAGACUGUUGACAUCAAUCAGUCUUUUGAUGCUUGUGAGCCUUGGGUGAGUAUUUGCUUUUCAGGUAUGAAGCAGGAGCUGCUGAGAGACAUCCGGAAGGAGAUGAGGAUAGCAGCAGGGGCGCAAAAGCUGUACCUUGUCACCAAGGACAGACAGACCAAAGCCCAAGUGAAGGAGCUGAGGAACAUCAGUGAGAGGAAGGUGAAAGCCCUUUUCUCCUCUCUCCACAAGCUCAAUGUGCAGCUAGCUCAGAGGGAAGCAGAGAAUUCUCCAGAUGCAGUUCUGGAGACUACAAGGGACACCGAUGUCAACUUCCCUGCACCAGAGAUCACUGCGCCUGAGGUUCAGGUCAUUUCAGACCCCGCCAGUGAUUCAUCACAACAUCAACAUGAUGAAUCAUCUGAGGAACCUGUUCCAGAGAUAGAACAGCCGCCUGAACAACCAUCUGACAGGGACUUACCUGUAGAAGAUACAAAUGAGGAGGCUGAGGAAGAGGCAGAAUCUGUUGUUGAAGAAGAUCCAGUGCAACAACAACAACAGAAUGAGGAAGAAAGGUAAACUCACACUUUAUAUGGGAGGCUGCGGUUAAGACUGAUUUCUACUAUAAACUUGCAUUAUACUAAUCAUGUACCUCAAUGACCUCUU